AUGGCUACAAUGUUGAUCAAACCCCUCGUUCUCACCGAACAUACCCACUUCAAGACUCAACUUGCUAUGCAGAAGAAAGAUGAACCAACCUCACGCCUCAUGCUCCUUCCCCUCAACAUUCGACGUAUCAUCUACGGCUACGCUCUCAUUUCUUCAGAACCAAUCGAGAUUCAUGCUCUUGCUCGAAGGAACUCAGUUUCCUCCCAUUCUCCCGAUAACAAGAGAUCGAACCUCCCUCGAGUGUCCCUUUUACUCCAAACCUGCUCUCGAAUCCGCAAGGAAGCAGCGCCAAUCUAUUAUGGCAGUAAUAUAUUCGUUCUACCAUGGGGAUUUCCAGGCUUGGGAUGUCGAUGGCUCGACUCCCUCGCCCCCUCCCACCGUCGCUCACUCAGAGACGUACGUUUUUGUUUCGGCGAUGGUGCAUUCAACACAACAUAUGACGCGAAGGUCGCCCUUUUCGCAUUAGAGACUGCAUUGAAGAAAAGCGGCUCGUACCCCGAUCUUCAAGAUGCUGUGCUCAGAGUCCCGGUCUGUGAUUGGUCUGUUUUCACUUGGACCGACCUUUACGAUAGAGAGGAUGCGAAUUGGGUGAGUGAUAAAGAGAUUAUACCAAUCAAAGUGGAUAGGGGAACGGGAUUAAAGAUGUGA